CCUCGCCGGGAGAUGCGGGCGUGCUGAGCGCCGGGAUUGGCCUCGGGCGCCGUCGGCCAUCCCCUUUAAAUUUUAAAUACACAGACCUUUCCUACCUCUGGGUGGCAAGACAAUAAUAAUAAUAAUAAAAGAAGGAAAGCCGUCGAAUUUUUUUUUUCCUCCAAAACCUGCCUUGCGGGGCAAUUUGGGGUUGGGGCACGGGGAAUCCGAGGGCUUUGCAACCUCUGGUGCUCCGGCGGGAGAGGAACGCCGCGAGUUGGCAGGGUCAGGGGAACAUCCCCUCCCGCUCCCACACUCCCCAGCCCCCGGAAGCUCGUGCCGGGGGGAAAUCGGAGUUCAUUGAUCCGCCCAGGUCCCCCCCGCCCGCUCUUCUUGCUUCAUUCGGAGGAAGAUCCGGGACGCGCGCGAGCGACGCCUGCAUGAGUCGGUGCUGACCUCCGGGCAGGCGCGGGCUGAGCCCUGGGCUUUGUCGCCGGUACCUGUGCCGAGCCCGCGCCGCAGCUCUGUGCCCAGCUUUCGCAGUCUUUUGUUGGUACCGCUGACCGCUCCAAGUUCAGUGCUCCUUGCUAUUUUUCUUUUCUUUUUUUCUUUCUGUUUGUAUUUAUUCAUUUAUUUAUUUAUUUAUUUAUUUUGGAGAGCUCUUGGUGGUUUUGGAAAAGCCUCAGACGCCAUCUACAGUUAAAACGUAGGUAACUGCCCUCUCCGGCACCCCCCUCUUCCACGCCCCCCACCCUUUCCACCAAAAAAGGGGGUGCAGCGCGGAUUCUGGCUGCGGUGCAGUCGCGAGCCGGCGGACCCGUGCUUAUUUCCUUUUGCUUUUUGUUUGGUUUCCAACGCGUGGAGAGCCAGCUUCCGCCGCGCGCUCCCCGAAGCCUGCACAAAACUCCCGCAGGGCUUCUGCGCCCCGUCUGCGGUUCGAAGGCAGCCCGGGGACCGCUCUGGAAGCCCGGCGCUGCAGCCCGCGUCCAAACGGCACGCUAGCUCCUACAGACCCACGCUGGGAGGAGAGAGAGACCCACCAAGGCCAAGUGCGGCGAUCCCGCCUGGCGCUGGCUGCUUUGGGGUAACAAAAGGACCCUAGUCGCCGACCGACCGAACACCCUCGGGAGCCGGGCUCGAAGCCGACGUGGUUGUGGCCAGUGGCAUCUAAGCCGGGGCUUCCAACUCUUUCUCCACAUCGUCCCCUCUCCCAUCUCCUCCCCUCUCAAUCCCUUCUGCAAUCUGUGACACCGAGGCUCCAGCAGCUGCUCUCGCCUGAGACUCAUUUCUCCAGCGGGGGUUUCUUUCUUUUCUUUUCUUUCUUUCUUUUCUUUUCUUUCCCUUUUUUUUGUUUGUUGUGUGUGAUCCCCACACUCAUGAACAUACACAGGUCUACCCCUAUCACAAUAGCGAGAUAUGGGAGAUCGCGGAACAAAACCCAGGAUUUCGAAGAGUUGUCGUCUAUAAGGUCCGCGGAACCCAGCCAGAGUUUCAGCCCGAACCUCGGCUCCCCGAGCCCGCCUGAGACUCCGAACUUGUCGCAUUGCGUUUCUUGCAUCGGGAAAUACUUAUUGUUGGAACCUCUGGAAGGAGACCACGUUUUUCGGGCUGUGCAUUUGCACAGCGGAGAGGAGCUGGUGUGCAAGGUGUUUGAGAUCAGCUGCUACCAAGAGUCCUUGGCACCCUGCUUUUGCCUGUCUGCCCAUAGCAACAUCAACCAAAUCACCGAAAUCCUCCUGGGCGAAACCAAAGCCUAUGUGUUCUUUGAGCGGAGCUAUGGGGAUAUGCAUUCAUUUGUUCGCACUUGCAAGAAGCUAAGGGAGGAGGAGGCAGCCAGACUAUUCUACCAGAUCGCCUCUGCUGUGGCCCAUUGCCACGAUGGGGGGCUGGUGCUGCGUGACCUCAAGCUGCGGAAGUUCAUCUUUAAGGAUGAAGAGAGGACCCGGGUCAAGCUGGAGAGCUUGGAAGAUGCCUAUAUUCUCCGGGGAGACGAUGACUCUCUCUCUGACAAGCAUGGCUGCCCUGCAUACGUCAGCCCAGAGAUCUUGAAUACCAGUGGCAGCUACUCAGGCAAGGCAGCGGACGUGUGGAGCCUGGGAGUAAUGCUAUACACCAUGUUGGUGGGGCGUUACCCUUUCCAUGACAUUGAGCCCAGUUCCCUCUUCAGCAAGAUUCGCCGAGGCCAGUUCAACAUUCCAGAGACUCUGUCGCCCAAGGCCAAGUGCCUUAUCCGAAGCAUUCUGCGGAGGGAGCCCUCAGAGCGCUUGACCUCACAGGAAAUUCUGGACCAUCCUUGGUUUUCUACAGAUUUUAGCGUCUCAAAUUCAGGAUAUGGUGCUAAGGAAGUUUCUGACCAGCUGGUGCCAGAUGUAAACAUGGAAGAGAACUUGGACCCUUUCUUUAACUGAGAUCAUGGCCCAUGGAGACUCAGCAGGUACCAGGAGCGAGAGAGGGCCCCAGAAAAGAGUUCUUCCGGGACACAGGUGGCCUGGCUGGACAGCAAGACAGAUAUUCGCACUCAUACAUUUCUUGGUUCAGAGGAGGAAGACCUUCCAGGAGCUGACUGGACAUGUAGCAUGUGGGCAGGACAUGUGGGAUGGGGUAGGGAUCGAACAGACAGGGUUCCCCCAAGCUUCUCUUUCCUAGCAUAGCCUGGGAGCCCUGCCCCUUGCCUGUUGGGCACUCCCACCUACCCCACUUUUCAUUUUGUUCAGAACUAGUUGCAGAUAUUGAUAGAAUUGAAACUCUGCCUCAAACAUGUAUCUUGGCAUUGCACUGUUAGCAUUUAACUUCUUGUUAUGAUUCAGGGAAGGAAUAAUUGGCCUAGGAUUUUUUUUUUUUUCCAACAAGUCAACCACCCAUGUGAUAGAUAAUAGGAGUCACUUAAAACCAUGAUUCGGUGCACACAGACUGACCUGGAACCCGGGUGCUAAACUAAAAGAAAACAAAAGUCCAGUUGCUGUUCCUUAAUCGCUCUCCUUAUUUCUUCUAAAUAAACUGUUCAUAUCCUGGUUAGGAAAUGACAUGUUAGUGCUUUGCUCCCUGAAGGGGGGAAAAAUAUCUGUUCUUUAACAGACUCUUCUGUUCUGUAUCAAUUGGUUUAUGACAGGAAGCUAUUAGAAGUGAAAUUUCCAGAUGCAUUCCCGCUAUCAGACCAGGGGAAGAAGAAAGGAAAGGAGAAAAUCCAACUCCUUUUUCAUUUUUGUUCUUCUAAAGGGUGAGGGUUCACAGAGCAGACAUUCCUGUCUGCUCAGUUGAUGCUGAGGGCCCGAGAGGGCGGGAAGCUCCUGGAAGUUCUCUGAUGCUUUUGCAGAGCCAGUCGCAGUAUACACUUUUAUCUUUGCUUCAUGGGAAACUAGUGAAACAAAGCAGGUUGUCCCAUCCGUAUAAAAUACAGGGCAGCUAUUUUGUUUUCUAUAGGAAGGAUGAUCCUUUUGGCUUGGAAGGCCCUCUAGUGUGGACACAAGGAGUGGAAAGGGGAGUAAGCUGAAAGCUAGAAUGAUAUAAAUACAAGCAGCUCUCUAUCCCAGUACGCACCUUUGUAUUUUCAAGAAGUCUUCUAUUUAUUAAGGAAAAUGUCACAUUGUGAUGUAUUAAGCCAGUACUUCAAUUACGGGUCGACUUGGGGUGACGUGUUACAUGCUGUAGUUAACAUUUAUGAUUUUUUUCCUUAAGUAUUUCUGUCCCUGAAAUAAUCUUUUAUUUGGCUUUUCUAGAUAGCUUUAUUUGAUUUCGAGUGGCAAUUUUUUUUUUUAAUUACGGCUUUUCUAUUGCUGUAUGAUACAGAACUCUUUUGGCAUAAAUAUUUGUGUUUCCAGUACCUCAGUUUGGAUUUUACUGCCUGUAUAUGUUUUGUGAAAUGGUCCUGUUUUGGGGUAGGUCACACGUGGACUCUAGUAUGUAAAUGUACUUGAAUCUGUGCUUCAUUAUAGUACGUGGCAUGUGUGUGUGGACUUCUGGAUGCUUCAUGCCUGCUUAGCAGGAGCCCCUGUCCCCAGGAGGGUGGCUUCCCAGUCAUAAUUAGAAGACAAGGCUGCCACGGACUUGCCCUUGAUUCUCUUUUGAUAACAGAAGAUAUAGAAAGAGGGUUUUACAUUCUGAAGAUGGUGCUGUGGCAAGAAGGACCCUUUUUCUUCCCUCUCCCUAAUUUUUUAAGUACUUGGUGGGAGGAAAGAUUGGCGACAUGCAUGGUGGGGAUCAAUGGCCUCUGGUGCUUUGUCCUGUAUCCGGUUUAAUGUUUUCGUCCUAAUCUCUUCAAUCAAUAAAAUUGUGCGUAUUUAACUAAAA